AUGUCGCGGUUGUUUCUAGCCGCGCCCGGCACUGUCCAGAGUAGAGCAUUCCGCGUUACACAGACUUUGCGACAUUCUUAUCGUCGCCGUUGCGCGGGUUCAUGCCCCUCCGUCGCCCACGCGACCCGUCGCCGUCGCACACUUCCCGCCACCGCCAUAGCGCACUCCCCUCCCGACGCCUUCGCGUACUCCCCUCCCGACGCCUUCGCGCACUCCCCUCCCGACGCCUUCGCGCACACCCCUCAACAGACUCACUCCCCUCUAUCCCGCACGAUAAACUCCAAUUCCGUCGCCCACCCGCACUUCCUUCGGUCGCCCAUACGCACUCCCUUCCGUCGCCCAUGCGCUCUCCCGUCCGAAGCCCAUGCGCACUCCCUCCCGUCGCCUAACUGCACUCCCUUCCGUCGCCUAUGCGCACUCCCUUCCGUCGCCCACACGCACUCCCUGCCGUCGCCCACACGCACUCCCUCCCGUCGCCCACACGCACUCCCUUCCGUCGCCCACACGCACUCCCUUUCGUCGCCCACACGCACUCCCUGCCGUCGCCCACACGCACUCCCUCCCGUCGCCCACACGCAACCCCUUCCGGAGCCCAUGCGCACUCCCUUCCGCCGCCCAUGCGCACUCCCUUCCGCCGCCCAUGCGCACUCCCUUCCGCCGCCCAUGCGCACUCCCUUCCGCCGCCCAUGCGCACUCCCUUCCGCCGCCCAUGCGCACUCCCUUCCGUCGCCUCCCCAUCCCUCACAGCACGUUCCCCGUUUCCUCUCCCGAUCGCCCUCUCCCUUAUUUCCCUCCAUAGCCUCGAUCCUAUUCUUCUCCCGCCCCCUCUCCCAUGUUUCUCCCCUUCCCGCCCCCACACCCUCAGCCCAACAGGGACAACCGGAAGCGCGUGCUACAGCUGCUGCUGUGCUCGUGCUACAGCCCUCCUUCCCCCCACCCUCAGCGCUCCUUCCCCCCACCCUCAGCCCUCCUUCCCCCCACCCUCUGCCCUCCUUCCCCCCACCCUCUGCCCCAUACCGCAUCACCCCAUCCCAAGAGCACCCCAUUCCGCCCCACCCCACCUCAAGGUCACCCCAUUCCGCCGCACCUCCCUCUGUUCCUCCCAUCCUCCAUCCUCAUUUCCUCCCUGCCACCCUUUCUCCUCCCCACCCUCCUCCCCAGCCUCUCUUCCUUCCCUCCCUUCUGCUUCUUCCCCAAACGUCCUCCAUACCUCCCUUCCUCCCAUCAUCACUUCCUCCCUUCCUUCAUUCCUGCAGUCCUCACUUCCUACCUCCGUUCCUCCCUUCCUCAUUUGCCAGUUGUCAUUCUUUUGCAUGCUUGUUUCCCUUAUACCGUACUUCAGCCACGUCACAUCUGACUUCUUGGUUUGUGUUUGGACAGGUCUGCUAUGCAUCUGGUUGUGAUGGGCUGGCUGUCUGA